CAUAUUUUACUAAGCACCUCUCAACUUUGGGCACCACCUACACUUAUUAAUUGCAUGGCGGUGCCCUUUGAACAAUUAUGAGUGUCUGCAAGGAGACAGCUGAAAGAAGCUGCGCCUCGAAAUAUUUUUGUCAUUCCGUCUGCGACGCUCGUUCCGACAAGAACGGCACGAAAGACAAGAACCUCGCUUUAUAAUGGCCGCAGUGAUUCUACCGAGACCGGAGCUUGUUCCACUGCCACGAGAAUACACAGCGAAGCCAUCUCCUUUGGCGAUGCUGGCAGCGACUUGUAGCAGAAUUGGAGAGACACCAAGCAUCUAUCAAGCCAGCGCAGACUGUCGAAGUAAACUGAUACCUCAAUGUUAUGGGGGAGAGAAAUUGUUCCUUCAACCUCCCCCUACAGUCACACCACAUUACAGCUAUUUGGAAAGAAAUCUUCCACUUACACCUCCUCCUGAAGGACAUUGUACACCAUUCACAGAUUACCAUGGUAAAACUUUACUUCCACCAGCAUUUCAAAUUGCCUCGUCACCUUGUACCGCCACUGGACUGCCGUAUUUUCCUAUUACCCAUCCGUGUACUCCAAUACAAGGAUUACACGGUCUUGCUUACGGGAAAAACGACAGCAAAGGAUUAUCGUGGUGGAGUGUUGAAACAACGAAAUCACUACCUCGUAUGCCACACAGCUCAAUUCCUAGUUGGUCAUCUUCUUUAACUCCUGUCUCGUCUUCUGUUAGUCCUCUUUCUAAUCUGGCGUAUACGCCAAGUCAAGUUCCAGCCACAAGACGUUGUAGACGUUGCCGUUGCCCGAACUGUGUGAACGCAGCAAAUACAGGCAACCCAAACAAGCGCAAAGAACAUAUUUGUCAUAUACCGGGUUGUGGUAAGGUAUACGGUAAGACUUCUCAUCUCAAAGCUCAUCUACGUUGGCAUUCCGGUGAAAGACCUUUUGUUUGCCAUUGGUUGUUUUGUGGCAAGAGUUUCACGCGCUCUGACGAACUUCAAAGACAUCUACGCACGCACACCGGAGAGAAACGCUUUUUGUGUAGCGAAUGUGGUAAACGAUUUAUGCGUAGUGAUCACCUUAGGAAACACCAAAAAACGCAUCAAAACAAAACAAGGGUUGAGAAAGCAGAAUUUCAAACCACUGAAACUAAGAAUUCUGAAGAUCCGAAAGUCACAAGCUAAGAUUUAAUCAAACAAUAAAAGAUAGAUUGUGUUUUCGGUGUCAACGUUUAACGUAAGGCUGUAGUCACUGCAGUACAACACCGAAUUUCAGGAAUUUAAUCUCCUGUCCGAUUCAGGUCUGUCUUUGAAUCAUACGAUACAAUGUUAACGAGACAGCAAGCCACUGCUUAUUGUGGACAUGUAUAUAAUUGAAUGAUAUAAUGUUAUUUGCCCGAGGGGGAUGAAAUGAAUUCUGUAAAAUACUUGAUAAAUUUUUACUUUGUUUAUAAUGAAAGUUAUAUUUAAAUAGUUAAUAAUUCACGCAAAGUUUUCGUAGAAGAAAAUAAAGAAGAUUCAUCUCGA